CAGCUAUUUAACUCGGAACAUCUGUUGAUCAAUUUGUUCAUCGUCUGACAUCGAAGAAGAUGGUUCCUCGAAUACUAAUAAUUAAUGUUUGCCUACUUUUAGUUUUGCUGCUUGUACUUGAUUUGGCAGAAAGUAGAGGUGGUCGUGGUGGUGGAAGAUUUGGAGGAAGCAGAUUUUCAAGAUCCUCUCGAACAAGAUAUUCUCGAACAAGAUAUUCUCGAUCCAGGAUCUCUCGAUCCAGCAGAUAUGGGAGGUUUGCUGUUGCAAGAACUAAAUACUCUGGACAUCGCCUAAGUUCGUCAUCUCUGAAGAAGGCUGCUAUCAUUGGUGGCACAGUCUAUGGCGCUCGAUUAUGGAUGAGGCGGAGCAUGUAUAGGUCAACGCAUACUAAAUAUCCUGAGGUUUGUUACAAUGAUGUGUAUGAAGGUAAUACUACCCAGAGAUACUUUGGCAGAUUUGUUUGUCCUGGAUACGGAGAUCCUGAUGACUAUGCUUAUUGCUGUGGUGAUAUUGGGAUACAGUACUGUUGUAAAUUUUUUGACACAAGUAGUCCACAAGGAGCUGGUAGGACAGCAGGUGUAGUGAUUGGUGUAUUAAUUGCAGUAGGAAUUGUUGGUGUUCUGGCAUACUGUUGUUUCAAGAAAAGGAAGUCUUUCCAGGGAAAAACACUCUCUAGAACUCCAAAAAAGCAGGAAUUUACACUGUAUGCCACCAGUGCAACAGAUGAGUCAGCUAAGCCAUUACAACCAAUGCCAGAUUAUUCAUCUCCUCCACCACCGACUACUAUGCCCUAUGGAGUUCAACCAACAGCCAGUGGUGCUCCACCACCUCAUCCACCAAGUUAUGGAGAUGCUAUGAACAACCCAUAUCCUGCAGAACCUUAUUCUGAUCCAAUGUACAAACCACCCAUGCCAUCUGAUGAUGUUAACACAGGAGGUAACCUCCCAUAUGGUAUGAACACAGAACCUGCACAAGGAUAUGGACCUGACAGCAACUUGCCUUACGGCUAUCCACCAGCACCUGCAUCUGAAGGAGCAACACCAUAUCCUGGUCCACCAGGGGGGGCUGCACCAUAUCCAUCACCUGCUCCAGCAGGGGGCUUUGUAGCACCCUAUCCAUCAGCACCAGCCAAUGAAGCAUAUCCACCAUCAACAGGAGGAAAUUUGUAUCCACAGUAAUAACAAUAGAUUAUUUAAGUAGUGCUGAAUGCUUAAAGGAGCUUUUUUGUGUAAAUUUAAAAGCUUCUCGUGGAAGUAUUUUGCUGAUGUCUUUUGUAUUUUCUUUGAUUUUUUUUUAACAUAAUGGUAAAAAAAAUCAAAAAUAACCCUAGUGAAGUCCUGGAUUUUGCAUGCUGUUAUCAUGAAAUAGUCUUUAAGAUUGCUGGUAAUCAAUUAGUUUUGUGCCAGUUAUUUUCUAUAUUUUAUGAGUAAAACAAAUCCUAACAAAUUCAUGAUGCUGCGUUAAGCCUUAAAUUACUUUUCCUGAAAAGUGUUAGGUUGGAGUUACCUCCCUUUAGAUGUUGAAUAUAAAUUGAUAUAGUAAAAAUUGAAUAAUCAUAAGUUGUCUCGAAAUGCAAAACGUAUUUGUGUGAUGCUAAGAAAUAGAAAAAAAUGUUGGGUUUUCCAUGAUUUCUGUCCUGUCUGGUUAUGUGUAGAAAUAAUUUUUAUAUCCUUGACAAGGUAUGAUCAUUCUUUCUAAUAUUAUGCAAAACUUUUUUUAUUUGAAAAAAUAAUUAUUUUUCAUUUAUUGAUAUAAAAUUGUAGAUUAAAGAUAUAAACUACAUAUUCUAAUUUCUAUGACCCUGACUUUAUUUUGUAACAUGAUAAAUACUUUGAAAGAACAUUUUGUAAAUGUCACAAAUAAACUUUAAACAGUCACAAAUACCAUAUAGUAAAAGUAUGAUGUAUUAUUUAUGCUUAAAAAUGUUCAUUGUUUUUUGUGAAUUAUUUUUUUGGUGGGAAUGUUGAGCAUCACUAAAACAUUCUAAGUCAGAUACUGUUUUUAUACGACCGCAAAAAUUAAAAUUUUUUUGUUAAAACUUUCUACCUAAAAUAUACUUAAUUUUAUGUUGUCUCACCAGAUAAAGUUGUGCCAUAAAGUAUUGUGUGAACAUAUUGGUCAUUUUAGAAAUGAGGUGGUCACUUGUUUUGUGGAUUUGUAAUAAACCUUGAUUUCAUUUACAUUAUUUGAUGGAAUGUUGGUUUCACUUAAUGAUUAAUAUUAGAACACAGGUGAUUCAUUUUAAUACUUUUAUGAAUACCAAAUUUCGGGGAUUGAAGAAAAAUUGUAUUUUCAUGGAUUUUUUAUUUCAAUGUUUUGCCAAAGGCUGCAUACAAGCCUAUAGAACAUUUGUACUUUGUUGGACAUUUGAAUUAAUGGUUCACCUUUACCCACUCCCACAUACCUGCUAACCUCUGAAACCUUCAAAGAGGGAAAUCUCUCCCUAAGCUAUGACAGCUGAGGGGGAGAUUUUGCGCGAAUGAAAUUUUCAAGUUAAAUAUAUGACCUGUUUAUGUAUUCAUCUACAAAACGCCAAUAAGAGUUAAUAAAUAUACUUUAUUUCUUCAAUUCAUGGUUAGGUUUUUUUUAGCCUUUUUCAAUACCUCCGAGUCUCAUAACUCAUAAACAUUCCAGAUUUUGAUUUUGUUGUGAGUCUCACACUAAACAUGCUUUCAAACAUUGUACAGACCACCAGAAGAAAUCGAAAAGUUGAUUGAGCAUGAUGUGCAAAAAGAUUCAUUGCUAAGUGAACUUGGUCGUAAAAAUUGAAAAUCUUUCAUUCAAAUCUGCAUGACAUUUCGAUUUGCAGUUAUCUAUUUCUUCUUUUUUACACUGCCACUUGGUCCAUACAAAGACCUCUAUCUUGUUGGAGUUGACAUACAAAUGUAGCAGAACUGAAUUUCGAUUACUUCUAUAUUGAACAUAAAAGCUACUGACCAAAAUUUUCAAAUGAUCGCUGAUUAUUUAUUUCUAUUGAAAGUAAUGAAAAAGCCAGAGAAUUAUGAACGCGGGUUAUUCCAGGUCAAAAUAUCCGAAAGCAGGCGAUUCUAUACUCCCGCGCAGGAGCAGACCGGCAAGCGGGAGAUUUCCGAAAUUUCCUCGUUUUGCCCAGGAGACUCCUUCUCAAAACGGGAGGGUUGGCAGGUAUGGUCCCAUAAAUAAUAAUCAAUCCACAGUACAAUAAAUUCAGACAUUUUGUGUCCAUUUAUUGUUGUGAUUCUUCAACAAUGAACAAAAAUGUGAAAUUAAUGAUAGUAAUUUCAGGAAAUGCUUCAUAUAAAUUAUGCUAUAAAAAUUUUGAAAUGCAAGUUGGUUAAUUUUUUUUUGCUAAACGUAAUCCAUCACAAUUUUUACAAAAUAAAAACAUCCCUAACAUUUCUGAAUGUAGCAGUAUGUGAAUAUUGAGAAAAAUCUUAUAUUAAUUAUAUUUAUUUUCUUAAUUAUUUAAUAAAAACUGGAUUGCACAUUAAUGCAAACCUAACACUGUCUUACUUUAUUUGUCUAUACUAAAUAUACCAUUAUGCAAUGCACACACUGUUGUCUGUUUAUUUGUUUAGUAUACAGUUAUUAGCCUAGUGUCUGUCUGUUUAUUUGUUUAGUAUAUAGUUAUUAGCCUAGUGUCUGUCUGUUUAUUUGUUUAGUAUAUAGUUAUUAGCCUAGUGUCUGUCUGUUUAUUUGUUUAGUAUAUAGUUAUUAGCCUAGUGUCUGUCUGUUUAUUUGUUUAGUAUAUAGUUAUUAGCCUAGUGUCUAGUUAUUCAUUAUUAUUCUGUUUUUUAUAAGAAUAUUUUAUUCUUAAAAUUGUUUUUUUUAAAUAUUUUGAGAGUUGUUAUUGUUUUUACAUCUUUAUACCAGGUUUAAUUAAAUGAGCUUUGGCUUAUUAUUUUUUGUUUUAGUGGUUGUUUCAAAAAGGAUAAGUUUAUUUUCAUUGGUUGAUAAACUUUUUGAAUAAAAAUGUGUGUCUGAUUGGAUACUUCAAGGAUCAACUCAUAUAUCAGCUUCUUUUAAAAUGAAUUUGAUAAUAUAACCGGGUGUUUGUUUGGUGAAAAACGUUGAAUUUUGGAGGUUUAAAAUUCUAUUUUGAAAAUAUUUAUUCAAAUCUAAAUUCAGUACAUAAUCAAGGAAAAAGAUUGGGAAUUUGCAACAAUAUACUAUAUGAAAUUUAUGAUAUUUAUUUUCUCCACAGAACAGGCCUUAUUUGGGCCAGAUAUAAGUGUUUAACUUUAUUGUGCAAUUAAAACAAAAAUAGUUGUAUUUUUUAAUGCAUGUUUUUUUAUCUGAGUACCACUGGAUGUUAAGCAGACAACUAUCAAUGAAUAAAUCAAUCUGAUUACCAUAGAUAUUGUAGUAAUUGUACGAUAUAUAUAUAAAUUUUUACUUAUUGCCUACCCUGAAAAAUUGGUUUGAAAUGAAUAGAAUUGAAAUAUGAUGUUAUCUUUAUUACAUUUGUUGAAUUCAAACAAAACCAUGAAAAUUGUGGCAUUUUUGUAUGUUAUUACCUUUUAUGAUAUUGUUUUAGAAGAGUGUCAAAGUAAUGAAUUUUAAAUACAUGUACACAAUAUAUCUUCUUUACUUUUCUAUGAUCUGUAACAAGACAUGCUAUGUAGAUAAUAGUAUACCACUGUUUGCAAAUUUUUACAUUGAGUACUACUGCAAAGUUUUCUGGAAAAUUACGGUAAAAAUUCCAAAUUUUCACUUUCCUUUCACUAAUAGUUCAUACAAUUUAUGUAUAAUCAAGUGAAGACAUAACAUGCAUGAUGAGUGUUUGAACUUCUCUUUAAGCCAUGUAUGGAUUAGCAAGGAUAACAUUAAUUAUUAUUUGUUUUAGGCAUAUACUUAUCUUUGAAACUAAUAACACCUUAUACAUGUACUGAAAACUGCUGUAAAAUUUAUAUUAAACAUUGAAAACACAUUUAUAUAUCACGACACCUAGCUCAGACAAGACACAAAACAAUCAAUAUAGAUUAUAACAUAGUAGUGCUAUAUGUGAAACAUCUUGAAAAUAUUUGGAUAGUAUGUUAAACCCACUGUAAAUAAUAGAUAGUAUGCAAAACACUUUGAAUUAUUUGGACAAUAUGUGAAACACAUUGAAAUUAUUGUGCAAUAUGUGAAGCACAUUGAAAACAUUUUUACAAUUGGUGAAAAACAUUGAAAAAAUGUUAAUACCUUUAUAUGUGAGGCACCUUGUUUUUACUGCAAAAUUAGAAUUAGGCCUAUCUUGAUAUCCUCAUUCCCUAAAAUAGUAAAGUACUAGUUACUUGUCUUGCUCCUAUGCAUACCAAUAUGAUGAAAUCAAGAUUAACCUUUAGGUUUAUGGUUGUGUUUUUAUGUACUUGUCUACAUAACCUGAUAACUUUUUGGCAAGUUUUCAGCUGGUAUUUGAUACUGUUAAUAGUAAAUGAAUGCCACACAAAUUCAAUACCUUUUGCAAACUCUUAUCAGAAAUAUGUAUGAUGCAGCUGAUUUUUUUAUUUGCUUAGCAUGAUAAUUUGAUUGACUAUAUUGUUUUUACUAAUACUUACUGGACCCCUUUUAGUGAAAUUUAUGGUAUGGAGAGAAUAUUUGUUUUAUUGAUAAUUGUAUAAGAUAUACAAGGUGUCAGUUAAUGUUAUUUUUUGUAGUUGUUUUUCAGGUUAUUAUAUAUUUUUAACAAAUUUUAUCAAUAUUUAUAUACAUGUAUUAUUAAAUUUAUAUUAAGCUUUUGGAGUGUAUCCAGCAUAUGAUAACAAAGCAUGUAAUGUUCAGAUGUAUUUGAUUCUUUUUUAAAUAUUUCAGGAAAUAUUUGGAUAAUUUCUGUUAAAUUCAAUUGAUAUGUAAGUAACAUAUAUCUUUAUGUACAGCUCAACAUACAAAAUUGUUGCUGUAAGCUUCAAGAUGAAGAACAACAAUUGUAGUACUGUUCGUCAAUAUACAGAUGUAUUAUUGUUUGUGCUUAUCAUGUGAUAUUUUUUGCCUCACACAUGUUGAUCCUUUAAGUUUUCUGUGUAAGCUGUGAUUUAUUGAAGAAAAACUUAUUUACAUGUAAUUUACUGAAGAAAUUCACUGAAAAUUCUUUGAAAAAACAUCUGUGUAGCUUUGAUGUUUAAAGAGUCAACUAUAUUUGAAUAAUUAAAUUGUUGUAAUUUUUAAAGGUGUACAUAAAUUAUAGCUAUAUUUAUUUAUAACCAUUUUCUUCUUUUAAAGCAUUUAAUCUUAAGGAUGUUCGCUUGUCAUGUUUUGGAAUUUUUGUCAGAUUUUCGGAAUCCUCUGAUUUUAUCCAUUUUAAUGCCUUAAAAAAAUUUGCCCCCUAACCCCUACUUUUCUUUUCAUAAUUUUAUUACACAUAGUUUAAAAAGCCAUAUUUGAAAAUCCUAUAAAAUCCUUGUUAUUUUUUCAUAAUUUUUAAAAGAAAAAGGGUGCCAAUGUUUAAUGUAUGAAAAGUCUAGAGAGAAUUAUAUCCCGCCAAAUUUUCAAUGGCUUAUAUCUUGAAAACAAGCACACGGACCCUUAAUUUUUUCUGCUUUUUUAAUUCCUUUGUUUAUAUACUAUCAAUUUAUAACAGUCUUUUAAAAAUCUUGUUAUUUUAAUACAGAGUAGCAAACAUCCUUAAUUAACAUACUCCACUAGUUGUAUGUUUUUCUUUUAUUCUAUAGUCAUUGAUAGAUGCAUUAAAGAAAUGGUUGCAUAUUUUGCUUAAAAGGAAGAGGCAUUAUAUACCAGAGAAUUAUAGACCUAAGACUCAUGUCAUUUCCAAAGUUGGUUCUUUCUUUAUUUAAUGAAUUGGUCUUCCAUUAGAAUAGCAGAAAUUUUAGUUUUACCCUUUGCCAUGACAUGAUUUUACUACUUACAAUUAUAUAGGCACACUAGAGUGUGAAUCCUUUUUAUUUUUAGAAGUUUUUUUUAUUCUUUAAUAGAAAAUCUCAAAAAUCCUAGACUCCAGUGCCUAUGUCUAAAAAAGUUAACACUGAUAUUGUUUGUAUAGCAUUUUUAAAGAAGAAAGUUGAAUUUCUCUUUGAUUAUUCUUCUAAUAAUGUAUAUUUUUACACCUCAUGUUAGUUUCUCAUUAAAUGUUUAAUCCAGAUUUCUUUAAUUCAGCUCUGAAGUGAUAUUUAUACUGCUAAUGUUGACAUUAUUACUGCAAAUUUAAUAUCAGAAUAAGUAUCAGACAGUUAAAUAAAUAUAUAAGAACUGCCAACUUUCCUAUCAGAUUUUAAACAUUUUUAGGAGAUGCAAUAACAAAUCCCAUAUGGAUAUUUUGAAAAGUUGACAGGCAUUGACUAUAUUUGUUCAAAAUUUAUAAAAUUUUAUAUUACUAUUAGUGAGGAAAAAAGCGUAAAUAUUGAUAGAAGUUGAAUCAGCUGAUUAAAGAUCACAAUAGAACAACAUUGUCUUUUAUGCAACUUAUGAUAACAAUGACUCAAGUUUCUAUUAAGGAAAGAAGGGUGUAUUAAUUUCUGACUUAAAAUACCAUGGGGCACUAUGCAAAACCCUUAGCAAAGGAGCAUUGUGUGUAAUAAUCAUUUUCUCUAUAUGGCCAUGCUGUAAUUAAAGAUAGACCAAUGUUUGGACUGUAUUUCAAUUAAAUUACUUACUUAUAACCUAUAGUGACCUAUAGUUGCUAACUCUACGUCAUUUGGUCUCUUGUGGAAAGUUGUCUCAUUGGCAAUCAUAUUACAUCUUCUUUUUUUUUUAUGCCCCCGCUGUAAAGGAGGGGGCAUAAUGUUUUACCCUUGUCCGUCUGUAAGUCCAAGUUUGAAUUUUGGUGGUGUCACUUUUACCGUUCUAGAGUUAUGCCCCUGUAUAAAUGGAAAAAUUGCUGAAUUUUUCGUUUCCAUUCUUUAACUUAAGUUUGCCUCAACCAAAUGUUAUGAAACUUAUACACAAUGCUUAUUAUUAUAUUUACCACAAAACUCAGAUAGUACUAAUUUAGGUAGCAUCACUUUUACCGUUCUUGAGUUAUGUCCCCAUAUAACAUUAUAUGCAGGCGGGGGCAUGAUCUGUGUCCCAUGGACACAUUCCUCAUUUAUUUAUUUCUUACCAGAGCAAUGAUAGGCUUGAUAUAACUUCUAUGAUAUCAAUCAACCAAGUACAAUGGAAAGAGGAAAUCAUCAUAGUCAUGUUUCAUUCUUUGUGGUUUCUAUUCAGGUGAUGAACUAUUGGUGUAGUGUUUAUACUGAUUUAGUUAUUGGAUUUUUGGAACUUUUUUUGUAGACUAAGUAAUCAUUUUUAAGAUAAUAUAAUGACAUGGAUUGUAAAUUCCACUUUUUAGAAUUAAAUGUUGUGCAAUUUUACAGUUUGUAAUUCAAUGAUUUUGUUACUGUUAAUAUUUGUCUCUCUGUUGUAUGUUAAUCAUUCUGUAAACUAUUUCAUUUGUAUUUUGAAUUGUUCUUUUAAUUUUACAAUUAAAUAUUUACCUUUUCUCAACAAAA